AUGGAGGUUUAGAAUUAAACAAUCGAUGAUUAAAUAAGACCAUAAUUAAAGUAAAUGAAUUGCUUCUGUAUGGUAAAUCAAGUAAAAUUUGUGAGACUAGAGAAAUAUUUGUAGGAAAGAAUCAAUAAAAUGUACAGCUACUAUUAACACUAUGAAAUAUUAACUUUAGCUACUGUUAUAAUAACACAUCAUGUAGAUAGAUAGUGUUUAUAUGCUAUUUAUCCGUUUUUUAUUAUAAACAUAAUGGUCAAUGCUAUUUACUUUAACAUAAUUUCUACUUACUAUGAUAAUUUACUUUACAAUAUUAUCUUUUUCAUCCUAAAAAUUGCUUAUCCACUUCCUUUUAUGGAGGAUGUAGAUAUCUCUUAGUAUAACUCACUUUACUUCUUAGUUUACUGCUUUUAUAUUCACAGAUUUUACUAUGUUAUUCAACUUAUUUCAAUCUAUAACUUCCAAAGGCUGAGAAGAGCGAAGAACAUUGUUUUCAUCAAAAAGUUUGAAGCAUCUUUGUUAAACAAAAAAAAUGAUAAGAAUUAAAGAUAAAGUGAGACUAUUUGGAAAUAACUCUAUAAUAAAAAUAGAAAAGCUGCACUAUAACUCUCAAAUAGAAUAAUACAACAAACAUUUGAUGAUCUUUUUCUUUAAAUUAAAUACUUAUUUCACUUUAAACCUUUUCUUAUUACCUUGUUUCUAAUAGUCAUAACAACUAUGAUCCUUUCAUAUCUAUUCUAAUAAUCAGAGGAUUCAUAUUAUUCUUCAAAUCCUACUCAAGCAGAAAACUUGGAUGUAAGAGAAUAUUAAAACAGCUUGUAUUUUGUAAGUAUCACUUUUAGGACAAUAGGUUAUGGUGACAUAUCACCUAAAACUUUGAUUGGUAAGAUAAUAGCCUGUAUUACUUCUUUGUGGGGUAUAAUAUUUACAUCUUUAUCUCUUUAUAUCUUCAACCAACACUUUGCAUUAACUGAAAAAGAAAAAAAGGAAUUAAAUAUUGAUAAUAUUCCAGAAUCAGAGUAAAAUUCUGAGGAACGUUAAAAAUAGUAAACCAUUAAUCAAUAUUAAGAAAUCAUAGUGAAUUUAGGUAGAAUCAGAAAUAAAUUUAAUUUAAAAUCAUAACUUCAAUAUAAUUAAUUUGUUAUAGACUAAAUUCAAAAGAACAACAUUAUAAAAAGAAUAUAAAUUUUAUAAAAAUUUAAUUAUUGA